UUACAGGAAGAGGAGGAUGUGCUCCAUAUGACUCCAGCCUGGUUUUACGUGUGGAAAACAAGGACAAUCCAUCUUACACCGAAUAUGUUUUUUUAUUUAUUUAUUUUUGCUUUUAGCUAAUGUCCAUGUAUUUAUUUAAUUAUUUGGCAAACAGUUUUUUUUGGGGGGGUGAAUAUGACAACAGCACUGGCCUGUGACAAGUAGAAUAGCCUGCACAGGCUGGACUACAGACAUUUCGUCGGACUUGAUAGAACCCAAACACACCACGCCGAAGGACACAUGGCCAGAACAUUUAGCUGGAAGUCGCGGGUAAAUACUUUGCCAGGUCUGAUAUUAGGAAUUACAGCCCUGACCCUUUUUUCGUCAGGCACAAGCGCCGUUACGUCGGAAGAGCAGCAGGAGCCGGUGUUGCAGCGACUUUAUUAGCCAGCACCCCCAUUAUUAUUCCGCUCGAAAUAGAAAAUAACAACGCGAGAGUUUGCAAGUUGCCUCAAGACUGGAGUUGCAACUGUCAAAGGUGGAGUGGAUACGCGCAUGACCCAACACACAUUACUGUAAUACUGUACACGGCCGCCGAGAUAAUGUCCGUAUAAAAAAGCGAAAUAAUCCCGAGGUAAGGAGCCGAGGAGAGAACCAAAACCGACGGGGAUUCUGCGUUUCUGUUGAUUUUCCUUCGCUUCGUUUUCUUUUACUCUAACCGACAGUGUCGAAGGCGUCGAAAUUACUACACUAAACAUAUUUUUGUGCCUCCCUUUAGCUCCAGCCAGCGCAAGGAUUUUUUUCUCCUCCUUCGCAAUAAAGUCGCCAUUUUGCUUCACUGCCUAUAUAAACCAUCUCGUAUUCUAAUAUUUUUCAUCAAGGAGUCGGGGACCUACCCGUCGUUCUUGGCUAUUUUUUAAAAAUAUUUCUGGAGUUUCUAAGGAGAAGACAGAGGUUUCAGAAGAGAAGUGCCUCGUGGUAUACAUAUUAAUACAGGGAAGGAGGGGGGGAAGGCUUUUGGAAACUGGAAAUAAGGUGAAAGUACCAUGGACUUCGUUUAAUGAGCAGACAGCUUUGGGAUUUUUUACCCUCCUGCCCUGCUUUUCGCCGUCCACCGGGCCGUCGCCAGUGGAGUGGUAGGACAAGACGACGGUGACGACUGUCCGCUUCCUUCCAGGCCCCACAACCUCAGUCUGAACGGCCCUCGACGCUCGGCAGGUGUGAUUGCCAUGUAACAUAACAUCGGGGGGAAAAACGCCCACUUCGGUGCCUGUCUCCUGACCCCUUCCUUCCUCACGUGGGUGACCCACGGCCACCCGGCCCCUGGUGCUGGGUGACCGCCUCGGAUCAGGCAUGGAGAUCCCAAGUGGCCCCAGGCUUGGGAAGCUGUCCUCAUCAGGGCUACCAAGGGGCCGAACCAGCAAGCAUGGACAUUCCCAGGAGUUUGUUAGAACGACAUCUGGCCCUGAGAACAACAACAAGCAUAGUCUAAUGUGUGAUGAGUCAGCAGAGGCGAAGAGGAAAGGCCGCCCUAAAUCAGAGGUGCAAGAACUAAGAAGCAUCCCCGCCCAUUUGAUAGUACAGUGGAAGGAAGAGUUUAAGCGCCGCUCCAGAGUUAAAUGUCCAUGUUCGGGCUGCUGGUUAGAGUUUCCCAGCAUCUAUGGCGUCAAAUACCACUAUCAACGCUGCCAAGGGCCCACUGUAGCUGAGAAGCUGAGUCAUGGCUGUCCCUACUGUGAGGCUGUGUUUGCCACAAAGGUGCGCCUGCAGAAGCAUAAGCUGUGGAACCACCCAGACCGAGCCGGUAAGGAUGCCAAGGAGGAGCAACAGAAGCUUCAGAAGACUCCUGUCAAGUCCAACACCAAGAAAAGGCCCAUAGAGAACAGCCCCCCGUCUCCAUUGUUCUUCAAAGUGAAAAAGACCCACGAGGUGUCCACACCCUCUCAGAAUGGAGAACUGUCCCACCACAAGAGUGAGAGGAAACAGCACAGCCACAACCAGCCUUCACAACAGAUUCAGCACUCCCAGCCAGUCCAGCCGCAGUCCCAGUCCCAAAGCACAUCCUCCGAUGCAGGGGGAAGUGAAAGUGAGGGUGGCAGUCUUCCCCCUUCUUUCCAAGAUGAAGACCCUGAGAGAAUGAGGCACAGGCGGAAGCAGAAAACUCCUAAGAAAUUUACUGGAGAACAACCCUCUAUAUCUGGAACAUUUGGUUUAAAAGGAAUGACUAAGGUGGAGGAGAAGCUGAAGGCAGUCCGUGUGAAAAGACCAGAGGGCAGUGGGUUCAGUGAGGAGCCUCAGAGAAGACCCACAUCCAGCCAGUCAUUCAAGAAGGAUUCAGCUGCCACUGGCUCUGGUGGAGUUUCUGACACACAGUGGCAGAGAACUAUCUCAGAGCGGGGGGAAGUGGUGUGUCCAACCUGCUCCAUUGUCACUAGGAAAACAAUCCACGGCCUCAAGAAACAUAUGGAGAUCUGCCAGAAGCUCCAGGAUGCCUUGAAGUGCCAGCAGUGCCACAAACAGUUCAGGUCCAAGGCUGGCCUCAACUACCACACCAUGGCUGAACACAGCACCAAGCCCUCAGGGAGCGAAGGCCAGACGGGCAACGAGCACGAAGAGAGAGAAAGGCUGCGCCGAGUGCUCAAACAGAUGGGACGAAUCAAGUGUCCCAGUGAGGGCUGCUCAGCCCACUUUUCCAGUCUGAUGGGCUACCAGUAUCACCAGCAGCGUUGUGGAAGGGAGUUUUCUGACGAUGAGAAGCCUGUGUUUCUGUGCCAGCACUGUGGGAAAAGCUAUCGCUCCAAGGCAGGGAAAGACUACCACAUACGCACCGAACACCCCCCGGCCGUCACCACCAUCAUAACCGCCACAACCACCAACGACAGCAAGAACAGCAUCACUGACACAAACAACAAUACCGGCAAGGACAGGGUGGGGUCUGAGGAGGAAGCAAGAAGCAAGAAGAAGGAACAUAACCAGUCUGACAGGAGAGACUGGCAGGAGAGAGCUCCAUCCAGCCAUCCUAAAGAGAAGGAGAGAGAAAAGGAGCAGAACUGGGAGCGAGGCAAAGUGGCACAAAUUGAAAGCCAUGGGGAGGACUUUGAAAGGACCCCCAGUGGCAGAGUGAGGCGGCGGUCAGCUCAGGUGGCCGUGUUCCACCUGCAGGAGAUAGCAGAGGAUGAGCUGGCUAAAGACUGGGGCACCAAGCGGCGCAUCAAGGACGACCUGGUGCCCGAUAGCAAGAGGUUAAACUACACUCGCCCUGGCCUCCCCAACUUCAGCCCCGAGCUAUUAGAGGCCUGGAAGAACCAAGUCAAGGAGAAGGGAUUCAUCUGCUGCACAAAUGCAAACUGUGAAGCUAUCUAUUCCAGUGUGUCUGGGCUAAAGGCACACCUCGCCAACUGCAGCCAGGGUGGUGGUGAAAUGGGAAAGUACACCUGUCUGAUCUGCCAGAAGGAGUUUAGCUCAGAGAGUGGUGUCAAGUACCACAUUAGUAAGACACACUCACAGAACUGGUUUCGUGCAACAGCCAGUCAAGUUGGCUCAAGUAACAAGAGUAAAGUUCUGGAAAACAAUGGGAUCAAAACUGAGGUGAGAAAUGGCGCCACCACAGGCAAGAAGAGGGGCCGCAAACCAAAAGAGCGUUCCUCUUCAGAUACGGCUAAUCAAACUAAAACCGAUUCAUUUGUUGCUACACAAAACUCAACCCCCAGCAUCACCCCCCCCUCUGGACCCGAACGGUCCCCAAACUCUAUCCCUGAGCGGACGGACAGUGAUAAUCCAGGCCAGAACAGACAACCCAUCUCCUCCAUCAGACGAAACAAACCCAAGAGACUCUCGUUUUCCGAGUAGCACUGCUUCUGUCAACCCUUGAGCAAGAGAGGACGCUUGCUUAAUGUUAUGCCAGGAAUGACCUUUCUUACUCCAGGAUGAAUUGGCACUGAAAGGAAAGCCAAAUCAAUCAUUUUGAAUUGAGAGAUUGAAUGCAGGCUUUGAAUCCUGGUUCGCCAUCCCACAGUUUCUGUCUGCACUGGUAUAAACAGUAAUCACAACUGUAAUGCUCUUUUAUUUCCAUUCCACUUUUUUCUCCUUUUUUAAGGCACACAUUUCAGUUUCUGUACUCACAGCAAAGUUAAAAUUCAGACCUUAACGUGGAUGACAUCCUUUAAACAGAGUAAUAUUCCAAAUGAAUGAGUUAUUCUCUCUGCUAGUAAUUUGUGUUUGAGAGGAAAAUCUAUUCGCAUGGUGAAGUCAUAUAAUGAAAGCUAAUGUUUUUACUUUUUUUCAAAGAAAUACUGUACGGUGUACAUAAACAGUAUCUAUAUCUAUAUAUCUAUAUACUCAAAGCAAUGUUGCCAUCUGUCAUAUUUUUAAGCCUGACACGGAUCCUAAUAAGUCAGAUUUUUCUGUGUGCUGUAGUGCAAUGUUGUUUGAUAUAAGUUUGAGUUUUUCUUUACUGGCUUUCAGUUUUACUGUUGAUGUUUCAUGUACGCAAACUACAAUGUCAGUCAGCUUUUAAUCCACACUUUACCCCACAGCUGUCGCAUAACAGAGGGUUGUUUUCACAGAAAGAGAUCUGCUUCGACAGCCAUAAGUUCAGUCACAUUAAGAAGCAGAAAACCCCCCAAACUGAUUGAAAUGUUCAAUUGUAAAAUACAUAUUUACAGUAGUUACAACUAUAUUUAAUGUGACAUUGUUUAAACAGACUUUAAAACAAUAUUUGAAGCAUUAUAAAAAACAGUCUAACAAAGCUAAAUAUCUGACAGAAGGAAUAAUUGUAUGUGAAGCAGGUUGCACCAUUACAGCACAAUCAAGUGAGUUAACACCAUGUCAAAGGAGUCCACUCUUAGGCUAGCGCUUGACCUCAGAUCUGAGGUCAUCGAAACUGAGGGCAGACUAUAGUUACAAUUUUGUACAGAGAGGUUGAUUUAUUAAAUAGAAAAAUUACAAAUCCAGAUUUAAAGAAACUAAUUUAUAUGAAUGAAUUCCUGGAAGCUUAAAGUUAUUGCCUUGCACUUUAACCCUUGACCUUCUUAAUACUCUCUUGUCUUUUUGCACUCCAGGUGUAUUCAACCAUAUCAAUGUACAGGAUAUGAAAACUUUAAUCUGAUUUAAAGCUAUCAAAAGUAGCAUCAUUAUCUGUAAAGCAUCUAACACAACAGUAUAAUUAUGACUCACCCCAGAAAGCCAUAAAUGGUCUUGUAGAACUUUUAAGUGUCCUCUGUCAUUUAUUGUUAAAUUAGUUCAGUUUUGUAAAUUAAUUAAAUUACUUAAGAGGAGAGAAUAUUUUCACUUUAACUUGUUUAAAGUAGAUACUUGAAUCCACAGUUGUAUUAACAAUUUGAGCCAAUGAAAACUCCAUAAAUAUUUGAUCUAUGUGUAUAGUUUAUGUCCUGAAAAUAAUGACUUGCUUGCAUUUGAAUAAGGAAAAAAAGCAGAUCAUGAGUCUAUUUUAUAUUCUAUUGUGUAUUAACUAGAUAGCAAUCUGAUAGCUUUGUAUAAAAUUGUGAUGUGAGGAUCUUCUGGUGAGAUAAUAAGGGUGCUUUACUUGCCACUUUACCUUAAAGGACCUGAUAAAACUCACUCAAGUUUAACCCAUUUGCCAUGUUCUAUUUACCGGCAAGUUGUCUGAAUUUUGCACCAAAAUGUCAAAAGUCAUCUUUAAAAAUCAAGCACUGAUGUCAGCAGAGCAUUUUCCAGAAGCAUUGGAUUUAAGGCGUGUGCGUGUUCGGGGUGGCUUCAUUCCUACCAUGUGACUUUUUAUAACGUAAAGCAAAGAUUCAAUCUGAAUUCCUUCAUUACUAAUCAGAGUUGAUUCAGGUGGGGAUGAUUAUGCACGCGUUUCUGUUAGCUGAACUUUUUAUCCUCUAACAAGGUUCAGCUGACGGGGCAAAAGUUAGAUGAGCACUGAUUGGUCCAAGGACCUUUUGCUGUCCAGACCUUGUGUGUGUGUGUGUGAGUGUAUUAAACAGCUAGCACCUUUGUAAUGACUGGAUGUUAGAAAUGGUGACACUUGUUGAGUGUUAUGCUGUGGCACAGAAUCAGUUCAUCAGCUGCUUGUUUCUUGUUUAAUUGAUGACGUCACAUUGACUGUGUUUACCCGACAAGCUUUGGUGUUGCAAUAUGAUAGUUUAGCACUGCUUUUAACAGUGGGUAUUUUAUAUUUUAUCACACCCUUUACUAUCUGUCUUCCUACGACGGGGAAAACACAUAUCUGUCCCGCAGUGUGAGCUAACUGCAACAUGUUUAGAGAGUACAGCAAUACACCAUAUUUAGUUGAUUUUCUUAGCUUGCUAAUAAUUUGAUAUAGAUGUGUCUUUUCACAACUGUAUGGCACCCUCCCCACUGCCAACCUCCCUUUUUUUCUUUUGUGAUGAUUAUCCAUUAUGAUGAUGCACAUACAUUAAAUUGAGCUUUUUUUCAGUACAUAAUGACAAACAAAUUGAGAGAGUCCUUUAUUAUUACCUAUUGAAUAUGGGGCAACAAUGCAUAUGUAUGUGUGUUUGUUUCUGUAUUUAGUGCACUUACUAUAACAUGAAAUAGGCUUGAAAUAGGAGUGUUGUUUGAGCUUUCUAGUUACCUGGACUGUGUGUGGUGUGACUUUUGUACCUGGGGAAACAGGAGGCUCAAGAGUCUUCCUUUUGUCAGCAAUGUUAUCUCCAAAACCAAGGUUAAUCCUUCGCUAUCCCCUUAGAUGGGCUGAAAAUUUUAUCCCUUUCUUUUGACAACAGUGGUUUGUUUUCUAUGCUACCUACUUGAAAAGCAGGAUAUGGCAUCCAGCUCUGUUGUCUGGGCCAUUGUGAUGAAACUAUUUAGAAUUUUCUGAGAUAAUGUUGCAGCUCAUGACUGUUUAUGAUACAUAGGUAAAACGAUUUCCAUAUCUGAAAUGAAGCUGUGUAGUACCUAUUAUGAAGGAACCAACACUUCCUUUGCAUCUGAACUGUUACAAUUUUUCUCCCAAACUUGUUGUAUUACUUGUGCAUUAGUAUCCCUCAACUAAUUAAUAAAAGUUUGUUGACAAAACAUGUGCAAGUUAUCAGUUUUAUAGGCAGGAAUGCACAACAAUCCCAUCAGGAAUGCAAGCUCUUGAACAGGGGAAGAUGUGUUGUCCAUGGUUUCCAGGAAGAAGAUUUUGAUUAACUAGAUAAAGAAAAGUUUCAGUGUAGCCUUAGUUCAUACUAAAUUAGCUUUGGGCCGGAAAAGGUGGGGGGAUUUCUCAGUCAUGUUCUUAUUAUUGCAUGAUGGUUUUGAAAUGCAUUUGGGGAUAACUGUAACUGUGUUCUCUGACAAUGAUUUUUGAGUAUGAGUCAUAUCUUACCAUUUGCAUACCAUUUAGGUUUCAGGUAAGGCCCUUAAACACAGAAUGCUUCUCUGAAUUUUAUGGUUGUGUUAUUCUGUGGAGAAUUUUUUAAAAAUUUGCUCCAUACUCGAUUAGUGAAAUGCCUAUCUCUUGCCCAUCUUUUGCUUCUGAAAGAUCUUUCUCAAAUGUGCUGUUUUCUGUUGCUAAUAAUUUUUAUUGACAUGUUUUCAAUUGUCCCCUUAGUUAGAUCAUGUUCCUUCACUUUAAGUCUUAGUGCAAUUGUUAAUCAAUAAAACUGAUAUUCACCA